AUGGCACCAUCGGCGAAGGAUCUUAAUCCCAAUGCAGGAGGUCGAAACUUGCUCAACCUGCUCAUGGGAACCAAUCUGAGCACGUUCUGGCACACUGCUCCGUGUAAGCAACUGAGGACCUUAAGAUCCGCGAUCCCCCUCCCAAAGAACCCGGCACCGGAUCACAUCCAGGCUAAGCAGUCCUUUGUAGCGGUCGACCGAGCCUCUGCGACCGAAUAUUAUAGCGAGGCCAUGUGUCACCAGGUCAAUCCCCGGCAUGCCCCUGCGGGUGAUCUCGUUGCCAUUCUACACCGGAUCCAAGACGACAAUCGAAACAGGACUGUUGGCAAUGCGUGUUGGUGCCGGUUGCUGCUCAGCAAAUCGUGUGGGAGCGAGAUAGUGGGAGAAUUGAGGUGCGAGGAACCAACUCAGCCCGACAAGUUUCAAGGUCAGAAGCUCCAUGUGACUAUUUGGACGUAUGCGAACGAGCACAUCCAUGUGGCGCCUGCUCGAAAGCAACGACUUCCCAACCCUGUCUUUGCACGCUUUCCGCUGGUGACCGGCGCUGGUCCUACCAUUGUCAGUCGCGCUUCUCGUGAUACUGAUGGCCGUGAUGAGUCUGGUCACCGAGAUUUUGAUCUUACAGUCGACGAACGAGGCAUUGUGGGAAGAGAAGUCGACGUUACCAAUGAGCAGGGCCAAGUGCUAGGAAGAGGCAUAAUCGGUUGGAAUUGA